AUGCAGACCUCAGUGGCUACAUUCAUGUUAGAUAACCUGAACCGGCCUCAAGGCUGUCCAGAAAAUGACCCAACUGUCCAUUUUGACUUUCCCUCUGGUGACUCUUCCAUACUUGCUAAAUGUUCGCUUCAGGCUGCCAAGGAGUUCCGUUUGGCCAUAGGAUCAUUCAGUGAACCAACUCAGAGGCUGUGUAUGACUUUCUGGAGUUUUACUGAAUGUCAUGCAGAUCUGAAACUUCCAUUGGCCUCUAAAUACUUGCUAGGUCGUUCACAGGCUCUAUUUAAUGACUUCAUUUCCAAACAUUGUAUGGCUAUAAAUGAUGAAGAUGGGAUGGAUAUGGCAGAAGAGGCUGCUCCAGUAUGCGAGCAACCAUUAAUGAUUGGACCCUGCAAGGCUGCUUUUCAACAGUUUUUCUAUAAUUCCACUUCUCAAAUGUGUGAACUGUUCAUAUAUGGUGGAUGUGAUGGAAAUGAUAACAGAUUUGAUAACAUCACAGAAUGCCAAGAGAAGUGUGUUAAAGAUGAAAUGUCGGAUGGUGAAUGUAAUUUGUCAAAAGCAUCUAUUUGUCUAUCCACACACCUACUUAAGCUGUUUACCAAGUUGUUCAUGCCUUUCUCCCAUCAGUCUGUUAUAUGUAGUGGGUAUGAUGAAGUGAAAGAGUGUGUUAGGGAGUCAAUGAUGGGCUGCUCUUCUUCUGCCAAGCUACAUCAUGUUCGUGCCCUAGAAUUGUAUGAAUCUGUGUACCAGUGGGCAUGCCCCUUGAUUCGUCCAGAGAUUCCCAAUAUACACAGUUGCCUCCCUCAUAUAGCCAAGUCCAGUCUGCAGUACUUCAGUGUAAUUUUAGCAAACACUGGGAGCUACAAUAUCAAUGAAACCUGCAAGGAGCUAAGUUAUGCACUUUCUGUCGUACAUGCCACAACAUUAAACUGCUCAGAAUCCCAGAAGGAUGAGAUUGGUGAUUUUCUGAGUGACUUAAGGCCGCUCAUCGGUGACAUGUGCCCUGCCAUUACAAACGUUGUCCAUUGUAAUGGUAACUCCUCGUACCUGGUGGAGGAUCCAGGGGAGAAAAACCUGUCAUGUUCUACACUACCAGUUUCCUGUGAUACCCAUGAUUGGGUACAGUGUCUUCCCAGCACAUGGAAUGAGACCACAAUUUGUGGAGCAACACAGAUGGCCACAUGUAUAUCAAAUUUUAUCCGCGGAUGUCACGACUCGGAUAUCGCAGUUGUGUAUGAGGAAUUCACAGCCUUUCUCAGUCAAACCUUUACAUUAGGUAUUGUCAAACCAUGUGAUGUUGGUGUCAUCUGGCCAUCAACAUUUGACCCAGAGAGGGGAGCUGGAAACUGCACACAACAGUUUAAGGAAGAUCUGGAGGAGAAGUAUUUGUUAUCACUAAAUCUAGACCGCAGUAUUCUAUGUUCUUUGUUUACUGACUUGAUGGAGUGUAUGGAUGAAGUGUCCUCUACUCAACCUCUUGUCUCACAACGACUUGCACAAGUCCUUGGAAGCAAACUGAACUCCCAACUAUCAGAAUUGUGUCAAGCUGCUGAGGUCAGUCCAUGUGAAGUGGGAGACCCUCUAAAGGAUGAGAAUGGGGAUGAAUACUUCUGUGGACGAGGUUCCUCUGGAUUCUGUCCAGAAGGAUCUCAUUGUGUUAUCUCUCCAACUGACAGUUAUGCUGUUUGUUGUGCUAAAGGGAAAAACUCCACAGAGAAAGACUGUGGUUCAGCCCCAGCAGAUCUUGUGUUCCUUGUUGACGAGUCCAGUAGUAUAGGCAGUAGCAAUUUCCAGAUCCAGAAACAGUUUGUCAUAGAUCUUCUUCACAAUUCUGUCAUAGCAACAAAUAUUGAAACGGGCAUAAUGCGGGUUGCCUUGGUAACAUUUUCUAGAAAUCCUACCAAACGAUUUGGAUUGAAUACAUAUAACACUACAGCUGAUAUGUCUGCCCUCAUCAAUAGCAUUCCCUAUGACAAAUCUGGGACCGAGAUAGAAAAGGGUCUGAGAUAUGUGCGAGAAGUCACCCUUUCUGCUGCAGAAGGAGCUCGCUCGGAGGCUCCCAAAAUUGUCAUACUACUAACAGAUGGCUCUUCCUCUGAUAAUUCGGAAACUGAAGCCAAUCUUCUGCGUGAUAUGGAUGUUACCUUGCUUGUCAUUGGCAUUGGAAAUGUUGACAUGGAUCAGUUGAAAGCUAUUGCAGCCAACGAUAAGUUCUUGUUUACAGUUGCCGAUUUCUCAGAACUAAGUGGAAUUGCUGAACAAUUUGUGGCGUCCAUUCCUUGUCCAGAAGAGCCACUCACCUGUCAUCUGUCUGAAGCUGUACAUUGUUACAAUGGCCAGGCCAGGUCCCUUCUGUCAGGACUCUACCCUGUCAGGGCAAGGUCUACAGUCUGCAGCACCACACAACGGUAUGCUGACUGUGUGACUAAUAUGACAGUCACCUGCUCAUCUGAGAAGCACCAGAAGUUCCUACAGGUGUCUGACUGGACACAGAAACUAGUCAGUGCUCAGGGCAUUUGUAAGCAACCAGAAGAUAUCACUCCAAAGUAUUGUCACCCAGAGGAAGCAGCUCCUUGUCUAGCUACCAUGUCUAAAGUGAUCGCCCGCUACCAACACACACCUACACGCACAGCUAUCUGCUCACAAAUUCUGACAACAGAAAUGUGUGUAUUGAAGAGUAUAAAGGACUGUGAUGAGGGAAAGCGUAGCAGUGUUUUACAGGCCUAUCAGGACAUGACCACACUUGCCCAUCUUGCUUGUAUGGCUCCACAGAUCCCCAAACCAAUGCCACCAGACUGCAAACAGGAAGGACAUAUGUGUAAUGACAUUGAAGCACUCAACUGUCUUGUGUCAGCACAUACCAGCCUCGUAGCUGCCAAAAGAAACAGAGAAACUGCCUGCAAUUCUCUUGUGGUUGCCAAGAAUUGUGUAAAACGUCAGAUUGCGGGCUGUGAAGCAGGUGAGAAGGCAACCAUCCACAGGAUGUACGAAAAACUGGUGGGUCGUCGCGGCCACAUGUGUCCAGAGAUAUAUUGCGAACGAUGUGCAGCUCUUCAAUGCGUUGAGGAUUUAACUGCUAUGCUAAGGAAAGGAGGGAAAGAAAUGUGCAACAUGAUUGACAGUACUAAACGAUGUGUGAAGAAGAGAGCCAAGCAUUGCUCUCACGAUGAGCGGAAGAAAAUUUAUGCCAAGCUGGAUUAUGUUGUAAUGAUGACAACAUCACAGUGUGAGAAGGUAGCCAUGCAUUGUAUCACAGCUUUUAAAUCAGCUUCACUGCAAAUACUCCAGCAUAAUCAACCAACCAAAUCAACAGAUAGCAGCAGUAUGGGCAGCCAAUCAAAUAGUGCAAGUCAAAGUAACCAAUCAAAUGUCAGUAAUGAAAGCCAAUCAGAUGCUGGUGAGGAAAGCCAAUCAAAUUCCAGCAGUGAUGGUGGUACAAGUACAGAAACCUCAGCUGGUAGCUCUGGAAUGGACUCAGAAUCUGGCUCACAAGCUGACUCAGGGUCUGCUUCAAGAAGUAACUCAGGUUCCAGUUCCAAGUGGGAUGUUUCUGCAGGCAGUCAACAGGAGACAGCAGAAGAGGACGAGAUACUCUGUGAUGAUCAGCUUGGCAGUGAUUUUGUGUUGGAUGAAGCCUGGUCAAUAGAUUUAGACAUGUGUUAUAUAGGAGGUACUUCAUCAGGUGAAAGUGGUAGCAAGUCUGAGUAUAGCUGUGAGGAACCAGACAAAAGUUCUGCUCGAAGUUCUUCAAGUCAUGAAUCUUUAAGUGCACAAGCUUCAGAAAGUACAUCCACAAGUGGGGAAUCCCAAUCUGCCAGUGGACAAUCUUCAAGAAGUGCAUCCACAAAUGGGGAAUCCCAAUCUGCCAGUGGACAAUCUUCAGGAAGUGCAUCCACAAGUGGGGAAUCCCAAUCUGCCAGUGGACAAUCUUCAGGAAGUGCAUCCACAAGUGGGGAAUCUUCAGGAAAUGCAUCCACAAGUGGGGAAUCCCAAUCUGCCAGUGGACAAUCUUCAGGAAGUGCAUCCACAAGUGGGGAAUCCCAAUCUGCCAGUGGACAAUCUUCAGGAAGUGCAUCCACAAGUGGGGAAUCCCAAUCUGCCAGUGGACAAUCUUCAGGAAGUGCGUCUACAAGUGAGGAAUCUUCAGGAAGUGCAUCCACAAGUUGGGAAUCCCAAUCUACAAGUGGACAAUCUUCAGGAAGUGGUGAAACCAAGGUCUGUAUGAGUCGCUUAGCUUGGAUGUGUAAAAAGGCCAGUAUGAGCUGGGAGUGCGCCCAGAAAGCCAUGCUUAUCCUUCCAGAAGACAGGCAGAGAGUGCUCAGACAAGCUUUGACUGGAGUAUAUGCAUCUAUCCAGUACAAAUGUGCAGCAUCAAAACUACAGUGUUUUAGUUGUAACAAAGAAGAUUCCAAUGAUGCAUGCAACACUAGAUCUGUAGAAACAUGUGCUGCCAAUAAACAGGCUUGUGAAACAGUCGUCGACUUUGGUGCCAAAGUCAUCACUAAGGGAUGUGUCAACCCCAGCUCUUGUCGGACACAGUGUACUGGAAACAGCAAGAAGUGUUCCUAUUGUUGUCAUGACAAUCUGUGUAAUCAACCAUGGGACAGUGUCAUCACCGAAUCUCGAAAAUGUGUUGGUGUAUCCGCUGUGAAGUGUGCUUUCUCCUUAGUGAAAGCUGUGGCACAUACAGAAGAACUGUCAUGCAGUGAGGUUGAAACCAGUCUGGAGUGUAUGAAGAAGAACACGAUAAAAUGUAUUUCUAGUCAGUACAUGUCAAUCAAAGAACAAGUGCCUCACCUUGAGUCCAGUGCCCUGCUGACCAAAUGUCGCAUGCGUCAGCUUCACUGUCACUGUGGCCUGUGUGGAAGUCUGGCUCUUGGCAUCUCCAUACAAAACAACUUCCACACAGAUGAAACUGUCUGUUUACACCUGAUGGAUACUAUACAGGGUACAUCCUUGGCCACUAUGGAACAGUCCUGCUCUUUCACGGACUUCCAAGCCUCUUUCCUGUCUCUAAAUCUAGCUUGGUCUGUCAUUGGAGACACCUGUCAUUUAAUCCCAAAAAUGAAUGACACCUCAACUAGAGAUAAUGUAACAAGUGCUGAAUCUGGACCUUCCAGUGUGGAAUCUCCUACUUCAGGGGAAAUUACAGCUAAUGCCAGUUCUGAAGCUGGAACUUCCAGUGAAGAAUCUUCCAGCUCAAGGGAAAUAAUCUGUGAUCCUAAAGCAGCUAUUGAGUGUUUUGAUAAUGACAUGGCACGAAAAGAAGUCAUAAUGGCAUUGAUGUAUGGAUUUGAUCGAGUCUGUAGGUUAAAAGACAUGUGGAUGAAUUGUGUUAAGGAAAAUGUGGAGACCUGCUCUGCAGACAAAUAUACUGAUAUCUGGGAUCAAGUGAUGUAUAAAACUUCCUGGGUCAGAGGUCAUUGUCAACGCAUCACCAUGGAUACCCCUGACAAAUGUGAUAUUGAUCAAGCAAUGCAGUGCCUGACAACUUUAGGGAAAAUGUCUUCAGCAACUGUUAUGUGCGCGAACAAGAACUUAACAUUUGAUUGUGUUGCGAAACACACUGCCUCCUGUUUGUCAGUACAAAGAGCACCUCUUGACUUUGUGAUGGGGGAACUAAAGUUUUCCAUGGAGAGCGUAUGUGAUAUCAGUAUGGACGUUGAUGACAAUGACAUAUACCACGACCUUGCUGACUGUGUGGUUGGAUUUGGUCACAGGGUGCAUCGGUCAAUGAAAGUGAUUGGUUCUAAUUCUACCACGUUGAUCUGUGAGGCAGCUAUCCUCCUUCAGUCUUGUCUGUACGAUGAAAAACUGCCUCCCCUUGCAAAGAUCUACACAAAGCACAUGGCUGAAAUUGCAACCUCUUUUAUAAAACACAUUUGCUCUUCAGAUGAUAUGGAGAAGCCACUCUAUUGUCACAGCUGUCGUGGAAGAGAAGACAGGGAUUGUCAAUCUAGUACUGACCUCACUAUCUGUGACCCUCUAUCAGAGAGAUGUAGCUCCAUGUUACAUACAAGGGAGGAUGGUACACAGCUGUAUAUUAAAGGCUGUAUGGCUAAAGAUCAGUGUGAAACAGUCUGCCCAACAUCUACCAACUGUUCUUAUUGCUGUCAGACUGACUUUUGUAAUGCUGCUGUUCUCCCUGAUGUUACCGUGACUACUCCGCCUCCAAAUAUUGUCACAGAGCAAGCAGCAUGUGGAUAUAGUGUGGCAGACAUUGUGAUACUGUUAGAUGAAUCCAGCAGUAUAACCAAGCAAAACUUCUUCAUCAUGGCCAAUUUUGUCAAUAACAUAAUCACACAGCUGAAUAUAGGAGAGGAUUCCAUACGUCUAGGUCUUGCAACAUUUUCAAGUCAAGGACAUCUUGGCUUUUCUUUGGAUUCUUAUUAUGACCGGGAUCCCAUGAUUGGCUUUGUAACACAGCUUGCCGAACAGUACGGUGAUAAAUCCGGUACAAAUGUAGCCGCUGGAUUAGACCUUGUGCAUUCACAAAUAUUUGGAGGCAAUGGUAACAGGCCAGAUGUUCAAGAUGUUAUCCUACUGUUGACAGAUGGAGAAUUUCAGUCUGGCUACGAGAGUGCAGUUAAUGCUGUACAACAAGCCAAUAUCAGUGUGUUGGUGGUAGGAAUAGGGGAUGGAGUGUUGCAAGCACAGCUUAGAGAUGUAGCCUCCGAUCCCAGAUAUGUCUUCACUGUGGAGGAUUUCAGCGUCCUUGAUACCAUUGUGGGGGAUUUUGUGCAAACCAUUCCCUGUCCCCCUGAGCCUCCAAGUUGUACACUCCACCAGGCUGCCACUUGUGUAAGCGGCCCACUCGUCCGUCUUCUUGUCACACCAUUUACACCUUUACAAUACCGUCACACCUUGUGCAGUGACUUGGAGAUUGUCCAGGGAUGUUUGUCCACAUCUCUAAUGAAUUGUCCUAUCUCCAAUACCAACAAUAUGUACAAAAUGACCACAUGGAUGAAGAAUACAUUAAGCCCUAUGUGUAUAGAACAGAUACCACCUGUCAGAGAUGUGUGUAAUAUUACAACAGCGGAAAUGUGUCUACAGCCACUGAUGCACCUAUUGUCGAACAAAGUACUUGCAUCAGAUGUAUGUCAAACACUGGAUGCAAGCUUGACUUGCCUUACCGAAGUCACAAAAGGAAAUUGUUUCAGAGAUGUUGUUGUCUCAGUGAGUCAGACACUUCAGAUUGUCAGAGGUAUCAUAGGAGACACUUGCUCAACAGAGCUGAGUGAGAACUUAUGUGUAAUGGCCAAUCCAGUCAUUCUUAGACAAAGCUGCGAUCAAAAUGAAGUUGAUAAUUGUGUAGAGAUGUUCAAAGACUUUGUUGAUGGAUACUCACUUUUCAAUACUGAAGAAGAAGCAUGCAAAGAGUAUACCAUUGUACAAACAUGUUUGGAAGACAAAAGUGCUCUCUGUGAUCCAAGUGUUAGACUGACAGCUAAUACAACAGUCAUGGAUAAAUUUGCAGAAUUGUCUUUAAGUGGAGAAUGUGCUGCAUCUACCAGAGUCUGUCCUCUACCUGGACAGUGCUCCAUUAAAAACGCCUUUGAACUUGCUGUAAACGCAUUGAGAACAUCACCUUCUUGUCGCUCUGGCAAUACCCUAAUGCAGUCGAUAUCCAAUGAGAUCUAUGAUUGCAACUCCAUCCAGAGGUACUCUUCUGAAACAGAUUUUAAGUCCCUGCUGUCUGAGUGUCCUCCAAUAUCACUACUGAUUCCAGCAGCAAAUGAUAUCUUUGUUCCACUCACAGAGUGUGUGAGAGAUUUUAACACAGCCAUCACCAAGGCCCUGGACAACUACUUUGCGGGUAUUAGGGAUUUCUGUCCUGCUGUGCGAGGAAUAUCUGCAUGCUUCCAAAGUUUCUAUGACACAUUAGAAGAGAUUCCAGCUGGAUUUUUAUCAUCAGGUCUCCUAAAUGUCAAUCAUCAAGUUUUUAAAGAAUUCCUCGAUAAAUCUUGUAAUGGUUCAGAGAUUGUCAUCUGUGAGGAUUUCACUAAAACCAUUGAAUGUCCUGAGGGAGAGGUUAUUGAUAUCCAGGAAGCAUUUUAUGGAAGAGAAGACAGAAUCACAUGUUCCCUCCCUAACAAGCCCUUAACAGAUACAGCUUGCUCCUCCCCAGUAGCUCUCGACAGAUAUAAGGAAAUUUGCUCCAAUAAAACCACCUGUAAUGUGACAGCCAGUAACUCAGUGACCGGAGACCCAUGUGUAAACACUUACAAAUAUGCACGAAUCACAUACAGUUGUGUCGCAGCAAGUCCUGAUGUAACCACAGAAACAGAUGAUUGUCUUCAGAAGGAUGUAGUGAGGUGCAUGGGUUCUUACCUGUCAAAUGCCAUGUUUAUUGGACUGUUUCGCAAUCAUGACCGAGAAGAGCUCUGCAGGAGUUCUUUAUCCUUGGACACUUGUAUUUAUGAUGGCAUGAGGAACUGUUCCACAAGGCUUCAAAACCAGUACAAGCAUUUAUAUGAUAUAGGUAGCUCAGUCAUCUCAUAUAGUGGUGUUUGUGAGGAGGCGGAUGGAGAAAACGAGGAAGAAGAUCGGAUAUCCUGUUCUCCCCAUCAGGCUUGGGAGUGUAUAGCCAGACUUGGCAUGGAUCUGUCUUACUAUGAAACAAGUAGAGACAGAGGUGAUAUCUGCAGACUCGCCAAACAUUCUACAGACUGUUACCAUCACUACCUCUAUGACUGCACUGAUCCAAUCAACACAGCCAUGUCCAUAACUAUGAACAAUGUCAUACACUAUGCCCUAAGGAUGUGUCAUGAGAACUACAUGGAGCCAAAAGACACUGUCUACCCCUCACCACCUCCCAUAUGUGUUGACCCAUUGGAAAUGACCGGAUAUCGCUGUAACCAUGUAAAAGCCCUCCAGAGUUUAAGCAAUUUGUUUGAGGAGAUCUUCAAUCCUUAUGGCUCGCAACAAAGGCUGUGUGUGUAA